AAUCUAAUGUUGGUCGUCUGUGUUCCAUCCCCCAGCAACCUUCAUGCCAGUUUUGUCUUGCAAUUGGCGGGCAGUUGGAUGGUUACCUUCAUCGUCCAACUCGCAUCACCGUCAUGACCUCAACUGCCACUCAUGAUAUGGAUGUUCCCUUUGGAGCCUCCACAUCCUAUGGCGCGAAUCUUUCAUUCCGAUCUUUCCUCGAUUCACCUCUGCAAGUCGAAGAUCUCUCACAUUUCAGCAGUGGAAAAUCUACUUCUCCCAAAUCACAACCUUCUGGGCUCUCGGAUAGACCAGUGCGCACCCGGUCAGAGGAGGCAGUCCUUCAUCAGCGCGUUCGGGCUCGAAAGCACCUACGCUUGACUAAGGCGUCCAAGGAAACAGCACUUUCUGAAUGGCGCCUUGCACACCGUCGAUGGAUGGUGGCAAACAUUCAACGAAACAUGCUCGAAACGGAGUUGCAAGCGCUAGAGAAGAAGAUACAGGAUGCAGAUGCUCGUAUUGAGGAAGAGAAGGACACCUUAAUGUCUCAGGGCAUACCUGAAGUGUCUACGGAAGAAGAUCAUGAGUCAAAGACGAGGCGAUCUGGUUUCACGCGAUGUCGCCUGCCUGAAGAGCGGCCAGAUGAUGAUGACGAUGGACAGUCUUUCGCGAGCUCAUCACAGGGCAGCGGUGGCACUCCCGAGGGUAGUCCACGUGGGGCAUCCCAAAGAUUUGGAGGCUACGAUACCGAUGAAUGACUGUUUGCAAGAUUUGUGCGCUUGUGUACACUGAUCACGGUCUCAUUUGCCUAAGGCUAAGCUUUCCAUAGAGUAGUCCGUUUCGUCGAACCCGCUUGCUGAUAGAGGUGUAGGCUCUCAGGAAGAGGGCCUCAGCAAGUUUCGAUCACACUUCCUAGUAACGUACAAUUCUUUGAUACGUUGUAGGAGAUGAAAUCAAAGUGAGCAUGCCAAACAAUUUAUUUUCCCCAC